AUGCCUUCGAGUUCGCCAAACGCAACGGCGUGUCAUUUGUAUGUGUGUUUCAGGGCUAACAUCAUGAAACUGGCCGACGGAUUGUUUCUCAAGAUAUGUACGGAUAUGGCGAAGGAAUACCCGGAGAUUAAGUACAAUAACAUGAUUAUCGAUAACUGUUCGAUGCAGUUGGUCUCAAACCCGAACCAAUUUGACGUACUAUUGCUGCCCAACCUCUACGGCAAUAUACUUACAAACAUAAUGUGUGGACUGGUAGGCGGGCCGGGCGUCACUUCCGGUGGUAAUUACGGCGAUAAUUAUGCUGUAUUUGAAACGGGAACCCGAAAUACGGGUAAAUCAGUUGCGGGCAAAAACAUAGCCAAUCCGUUGGCGAUGUUUAACGCGAGCGCCGACCUACUGGAGUACCUCGGCUUGGACUCGUACGCCGUCAUCCUAAGGGAGUCGAUAUAUAAGUGCAUAAAUGAGGCUAAAAUCCAUACGCCAGACCUCGGGGGUCAGGCGUCGACCAGCGAUAUCGUCGACUAUCUCAAGAAUGAAGUGAGGAAUAGGACGCGGUUAGUCAGUCACUAAGACAUACCGGUGCUCUCGUGCGGUCACAGAUCUGAGCGUUUAAUUAGUAUUGAAUUUCAUUGCAAUUUUAGGCACAAGUUAUUUGACAUUUAAUUUAUUUAUUGUUUUAAAUGAAUUUAUUGAUCGGUUAACCAAAUGAAAG